UUUUCGUUUAAAACAUAAGAAUUUUUUUUUGAUUGAUUGUUUUUAAUUAUUACAAAUCAUCAUCAUCAUUUCAUUCAUUCAUUUUUUCCACCUUUGAUUGAUAAUUAUUUCACAGAUUGAAAUAGUGAAAGUGAAAAUCAAUUUGAAUCAUGAUUAUACAGGAUCCAAUCAAGGCAGCCAUAUGGUUUGCUUUGGAUAAUUAUGCUUAUCCGGAUGCAAUUUUUCUUUCCGAACGUCUUUAUGCUGAAGCAAGCAAUGAAGAAAAUUUAUACAUACUUGCAACUGCAUAUUAUCGUUCGGGAAAAUAUAAUGUUGCUUAUUCAAUUCUUUCACGUAAUAAAUAUAAUCCACAUAAAUCAUCAAAUUGUCAUUUUUUACGUGCAAAAUGUUGUUUUCAUUUGGGUAAAAUUGAAGAAGCAGCCAAUCUAUUAGUCGAACCAAUCAAUGAUGAUUUAUUAUCGGAUAGAAUAUUUUCAAAAGAAGAUUUAAUUCAUGUUUAUGGUGAAAAUGCAUCAUUUGUUGCACAAUUAUUGGGACAAUUAUUUAAUAAACUUGAAGAUACAAAAGCUUCUACACAUUAUUAUACAUUAAGCUUAAAAUUGAAUCCAUUUUUAUGGUAUUCAUAUGAAAAAUUAUUACAAAUUGAACCAUCCAAAGUGGAUAUUGAUCAAUUAUUUAAUGCAGAAAAAUUGGAUUUAAAAUUUUCUUGUGGACGAAAAGAAUCUAUUCAACAAGAUACACAAAUGAUUAUUGAUAAUGAACAAACAUUAGUCAAUCCGGUAACGGUAAAAAAUAAUUCAUCAUCAAUAUUAACACGUCGUAGUAGUCGUUUAAUAAAUUCUGAUCAACGUUCAAUAAAGGAAAAUUCUUCAGCAGCAAAAAAACUUGUUGUUGUUGAUCGACCAGUUACACCUGUUAAACGUUGUCGUCGUAAAAUAUCAUUUGAUAAAAGUAAAAAAAUUGUUAAAAAAAAUAAUAAUGAAAAUGAUUCAACCACCAUACAAGUUAUUCCAUUUGAUAUAGCAAAAAAUGGUGUCAAAACAUCAGAACGUUCAUCGGCUAAUUGUUUGAUUGAAUUGAUAAAAAAAUUUGCAAUCGCUUAUAAACGUUUAGCUGAAUAUCGUUGUCGUGAUGCAAUUGAAUAUUUUAAAAAAUUACCAACAAAUCAUUAUAAUACUGGAUUUGUAUUAUCAAUGAUUGGCCGUUGUCAUUUUGAAAUGGGCUCGUAUGAAGAUGCUAUAAAUUGUUUUAAAAAUUGUCGUAAAAUUGAACCAUAUCGUUUACAAGGUUUAGAAAUAUAUAGUACAGCAUUAUGGCAUCUACAAAAAGAAUUAGAAUUAUCAUGUUUAUCACAAGAAUUAAUUCAAUUUGAUAAAUUAUCACCAGAAACAUGGUGUGUUGCUGGAAAUUGUUUUUCAUUACAAAAAGAUCAUGAAAUAUCGAUAAAAUUUUUAAAACGUGCUAUUCAAGUUGAUCCAAAUUUUUCCUAUGCAUAUACAUUAUUAGGUCAUGAAUUAAUAUCGGCCGAUGAAUUAGAUAAUGCAAUGUCUUGUUUUGUAAAUGCAACACGUAUUGAUCCAAGACAUUAUAAUGCAUGGUGUGGUAUUAGUUUAAUAUAUUAUAAACAAGAAAAAUAUGAUCUUGCAUAUCAAAAUUAUAAACGUGCAUUAGACAUAUCACCAUAUAAUCCAAUAUUAAUGUGUCAUUUAGCUAUUCUAAUGCAUCAUUUAAAAAAAUCACGUGAUGCUAUAAAUUUAUUGAAUGAAGCAACCAAAAUUGAUCCACAAAAUGUUAAUAUUAAAUAUCAACGUGCAUUAAUACGUUUUUCUUUGGAAGAAUAUGAUCAAUCAUUAGCCGAAUUAGAAGAAUUAAAAACAAUGGUACCUAAAGAAUCGGUAGUAUUCUUUUUGAUCGGUAGAAUACACAAAAUUCGUGGUGAAACACAUUUGGCUUUAUUAAAUUUUUCAUGGGCCGUACAUAUCGAUCCAAAAGGAUCAGCAAAUCAACAUAAAGAAUUUACCGAACCAAAUCAAACAUCACCAGAAGAAUUGAUUAUACAUACUGGUCAUUUGGAUACAUCAUCAGAAAUGAGUUCAACACCAACAACAACACCAUUCACACAACGAAGUACAUAUAUUACUGGACCAAUUAAUAGUAAUUAUAGUAAUAUUUCUAUUGAUAUGGCCGAAAUUGACGAAUUAAUUGAUGCUGAAAUCGAUGAAGAAGAACUUGAACAAGAUGAUGAAAUUGAUUCAGAAUAUCCAAUCGAUUCGAAUGCAACCGAAGAAGAUAUUUAAAUUAAAAAAAAAAGCUUGA